AUGGCCCAUCUCUGGGCAGAGCCUAACCCUCCUUCGCUCCGAGAUAUUCCAGAACACCAUCGGCUCGCUGGACCUCAAACGGAUUGGACGGAGAAGAUAUCUGAACCCAAAGAUGCAGUCUUGCAGCCUCCUACUCCCGGACCUGUCGGACUGGGUGGAAAGGAGAAGAUGGGACUAUUGAGCGAUGAAGAGCAAGAUGAGAAGGAGCGGGAUCGGGACAAGCCCGAUACCAUGAAACGAUCAUUCUCCACUUCAUCGUCAUCCUCCUUGUCAGACUUCCGAUCUAAUAAGAGGAACAGAACUCGCCGUCCGCAUUCACCUUCGACCGGAGCCGGAAAUCGCCCGGAGAGUACAGGAGGGGUAGCAGGUGGAACGUCGAUCGAACAUAUGCGACCGAGACCCAGUCCCAAGUCUAAAUCCAGACCGAUCCUCGAACCGCUUAAAAUCCAAGUGGAACAGUAUAAUGACCAAGACGAAGGAGCGCAAUCGCGAUCAAGAUCGCACGGGUCGGCGUCCCCUACUUCAAAACCGCAUCAUCUCACAUCUCAUAAUCACCAGCAUGACGGGGACUUCGUCGAUUCGCCCGUCUCGGAUUCCCGACCUAGUUCUAGGUUGACAAACCGGUCGCUGGAGCAAGAUCGGGACCAGGAUCGAGGUCUAGGGAGACCGGAAGGAGGUGAAAAACAAGGGUUGAGGAAUGGUGUUACCCCUAUCGACUCAACGUCGGCGUCGACUUCGACAUCGACGGCAACUCCCCUGUCGGUUCCGGGUUCCGGUAUAGGUGCUGGAGAAGCGGUAGGGACGAAUACGGGGGCAGGAGGACAUGUGAGGACGAUCUCGGCCGGGUCGGGCAAGGUAAUCGGAAUGACGGGGAGACAAGAAUUGGUCAGGCGGGCUCUGGCGGAUGGACCUGGGCACGGCCAUGGUCAUGGGCAUGCAAAUGGGCAUCAUUCAGGUUUGAGUCAUGGGUAUGUGCAUCCGCAGGGCGGGACGAUCGAGUCGCCAAGCUCGCACGGAUCUGCUGGAGUACCGUUCCCUACAAUGGCAUCGAAUCCGACAACGUCAUCCUUGCCCUCCCCGAGUCCCCGGACAGACCCGUCCCGGAGACCACCCCUGGAUCUUUCGAUCGACGUCGACCUCGCCUCCCGUCCUCCCGUACGGACGCGCCGUACCACCUCUUCCUCUCGAUCCCCGUCCAACAGCAGACACGGUUCGACACCCCACUCUCCUGUUCUGCCCAACGGAAGCGUAGGGAUCGGUCCAGCCCUUGGUAUAGCCAAGGCAGGAGCCAGGUUGCGGGCCAUUGUCGACGAUGCCGAUCAGGACGCUUGGGCGAGUUCGGGUUCGGCCUCUCCGCCCAUCUUGGGCAGGCAGAAUCGGUCGCGGACGAGCAGUUUGAGGUCGAUCCCGAGACGACGGAUGACGGAUCAAGGCGCUUCGGGGAGUAGUACGCCGACUGCGACCCCGAUCACCCCGGGAUUGAGUGGGUUUUCAGGAGGAACGAGACCGAGCGGGCUGAAUGAAGGUGCAGUGGCUGCGAGGCGGCGCGCCAAGAGCUUGAUGAGCCCGGCUUCCUCUCGACCGGACGAUCGCGAAGGCGGCAGAGGUGCUUCUUCGCGGAGAGUAGAGAUGGGUACGAGAAAGAGGAGCAGUGCGGCGAGGGUCAGGACGAUCUCUGAUCUGAAACGUGAAAGGCAGCGCGAGGUUGAGGAUGGUGAAGCUAGACAGGGUCGCAGGAGGGGUGCUACGGUGCAUUUCCCUCCGACACCGAUGGAAGACGGGGUGCAGCAUCAAUUCAUGGUCGAGACGGGGACCAAGGAUCUCGAUGAACGAUUCAACGGUCUUUCGAACGAGCUUACUUCCAAAGGGUCGAGACGGAGGGAGACUUCGACAGCACGCUCGACCUCUGACGAUAACAGCUCUCUUGCUGGGCUUGUUGGAUCCGAUACGGAGCGUGAAGGCAAGCGACGGCGUACCCGAUCGAAGCCAAGCGACGAGUCUAGUGAUGACGAAAGGUCACGUGCGGUCAGGUCGAAAAAGGGCAAGGAAAGGGCGAGGGACCGAGAUCGGUAUAGGAACGGGCUCGAACAGGUCUUUGAGACGGAACGGUCAGGUCAUGGUGAUGAUGCAGAUCCGCUGCAGACCUUGCUAGCGUCGGUCGACAUAAACAAUGCCCUCCGUUUGAUAUCGCAGACCACACUCAUUCCGGGCGGCCGUCAAGCUGUCUUGCCUGGUAUGGGAACAGGUUUGGCUGCUGAAAAGUCGCUUACGACGGGGUUUACACCGAUGACCCCUUACAAGAACGGGAAUAGUGGUCGCAUCGGCACCUCGAAAGGUCGUCCUCCAGAAGUGUUCGUGGCCAAGGCUCCACCCUCGGUGACGGCUUCUCCGGCUUAUGUCGGUGGGGAGGACAAUCGACUGCACGAUACGGAAGCUGUGAAGGCCAAGAACAAGCUUAUCGACCGAGCGGGUCAGAAAAAGAACAAGGUCUCUGUCAUGAUCGAGGAAUCUCUCAAGGCCGACGGGCUAGACCAUUCCCGGGAAAAGGCAUUGUUCGACGGCAGGGCCAAAAUUCGAAGCCGGAGAGGUACCAUGAUCGAGCGCGACUUUGUACGUCCCGAAGCCGGGGAUUUGUCAAGGACCGCUACGGCUCAAUCAGGGGACCACGGACGAGCGAUCUCUUCCGACGAAGAAGACCUCGACCGGGUCUCGAGCUCGAUUGGACACGGUGGAUACGAAGGUACUGUUCGAGACGACGCUUCCAAUCGCUCGGAACCGCAUAGCAAUGGUUCCGUUUCUCAAGCGUUUCGGCCCAUCACCCCUGAAUCACGGACGGAAAGCAAGCCUGUGGAAAAGUCUGUCAACGCCACACCAGAAUCGACGAAAAGAAAACGCCUCAGCGGACUCUUUCACCUGCGGCAUAGCCGCAGUAGCAGCAGCAGUAAAUGGCGAAGCGAUCCAAAGGCCAAGGAUAAGAUUGACCCCGUAAGAGACUCUGCGGCUCGGGAAGCAGCCGAGAGAGACGCUGCCGAGCAUGAAGCCAAGGUGCAAAGUGUGCUAUUGUCGUUGCCGUCCCAUCCGCGUUGUGAGGCGCUGGCCUACCAAGCGCGCUCGCACUUCCAGGCCUACUACGGACUCAUGAUUCGGUCCCUCGAAGAUGCUGCAGAAAGACCCGGGCAGCCGUAUCUUCGGUGGAACCCCCUUCGCGUGAUCCGCUGGCGGAAACAGGUUUUGGCCGAGGAGAAGCGCAGACAAAAUUGGGACGCCAGCGUCAACGAGCAGAUCAAGUCUCACCACAGGCUCGUCCAGAGUACCGAGGACGACGGUAUACCUCGCGAUGGCUGGGAAAGUCAGAUGCCUGAAUCUAUUGGAAGGGCAGGCAGCAGGUUGCAGCAGAUGAGCAAAGUUAUCUCUCCACCGCUGCGAUCGGCAACUGCCCUGAGCCGCGCCCUAGCGAGUGACCCUCAGGCCGCAAUGGCACUACGCAAAUCAGCUACGUUCAAAGAAUGGCUGGUCUUGCCCAGCGAGAUUCUGGCAUUUAUCGAUUGUCGAGGCAACGUAGACUACUUUGUGCCGGCAACGGACAAGGCGCAGGAUGUACUGCGAACGGCUAUGGCGAGUGCCUCUUACCCGCAGAGCGAUGGCUUGCCUCUCUCGAGGGCGACCAAAUCCGCGUUUCCCGUACAACAAGGCUUGUCCCCUGGUAGCUAUGGAAGUUCCCAAGGUAACAUCAGUACAGUCUCUUUCGACUCGGAGACCCUAGAACAUGAUCAAACUGAAGACGGCGUGCACAAGCGCAAGUCUGUCACGAGGAGAAUGUGGGCCAGCACGCAUCUAUCUAGACAUCAAAGCAACACCUCGAAGGAAUCUGACCACGGUGAAAGACUCGCGCACGUACUCAAGAGCCCGAUUGAUGCCAUCAGGCGGCGUGUCCUUCAUCACGAAAGCGAUAUCGAGUCUGACAGCGAACGGGACCUCCAUAACCGUGACCGAUCCUCUCACAAUAGGCACGGUCGUCUGCGCAAGCUUGCUCAUCCUGAUCGGUACCAAAACGGACGUGGAUCCCUCGACGCAGCCACUAGUCAGGCAGAAGACCUCGCGCACGAUGCGGCCGUGUCAUCGAGACAGAGCAGUAUAGCGCCGAUCGCCGAAUCGCUGGGUGGACAAACCGAUCCGCCUGGUGGUGGCGACUUUAUGGACAAGAAGCUCGGAUGGUCACAUAUCGAGGGUACUGCCGAAGAGAACAGUCUCGUCAGAGAGCUGGACAAUAAACCAGAGUCUGAUGCCCAGCGCGAUGAAGAAUAUACCAAGCACGAAGCGCUGAUUCGCAACACUGAUACUCUGCUGGCCAAACUGUUCGUGGAUCUGGCACCUGUGCCCAUCACGUUCAGUCAGACGCUGGAGGUGUUUCAACAAGGGAUCGUGCAUAUCAACCGAGCUGCCGGAUUACACGUGGAUGCUCCAGAAAUGCCUGGUGAACUUGUUGCCAGAGGCAAAGCCGACUUCUUUGUACCCACCCAACCUACCUCACAGUCUGGGAAACCGAUGGGUAGUCGCACUCUUUCGACACGCGGAUCGAUUCAGUCAGCGACGGAUGUCCUUCCGGGCCUGCAAGAGAUUCGUUCCCGCAGAAGCGUGACAGUCACAGGCGGUCGUUCGGCGGACCCUGUAGCAGCGCUCGAGCAAACCGUGAACAGCCUUUCAACACAAUUCGAUGCGGCUUUACCGCAGGCGAUCGCGCUAGCGCAGCAACAAGAUGAUCUGCAGGACAAGGUGUCUCUCAUGACAACUCGAGCCGAGCAGCUGCGAGUGAAGCUGGACGCUGAAGGUAACGGCAAGAUUCGGCGCCAGCGCGCUCACCUGCAAUCCAUGCGCAUGCCUACUGAGCGAUCGAUCGACCAUUGGUAUUACGAACUCCUCAGGUAUCUCGUCAAUGCCUCUCUCGCUGUGUUCCGGAUCGGAGUCUACAUCAAACGCAUUAUUCUUUGGAUCGCCUACCUAAUCCAACAGAUCGUCAUGGUGGCUUUCCGUUGGGUAUGGGCAAUCGUCACAUCUUUGAUCGAGGUGGGGCGUUACAUCUUGGGCGGAUGGGUCAUUCGAACAAUUUUACUCCUGGCAAUCUGGAGUUUUUUCCUCUUGUACUUCUUUGUCGAAGAUUGA